UACGUGCGACCGCCCGCGGCCGAGGACGACCGUCGCGCUACGCGCUAUACUCCGCUUAUUACGCAGUAGCGACCAUCGCCGACCGCGUGGACACUUCCGAACAACUUUUGGUGCAAGUUUAUGAAAACCCACAACUGUGCAAAGUGCUAAUCGAACACUCAGUGAACUCUUGACAGUGCGAAAAAGUUAUAAAGUGCUCGAACUCGGAAGGACGCCUGAAUUUGCGCAGCGGCCAAAUAUUGGGACCGGUGACGAUCGUAGGCGACACGAAACGCGGUGUUACGGGCCACGUUACAAGGUUAUCGCGCCUCUAGCCCGCCAGUGAUGAAUUGGAAAAUCGGCGUAUAGCUGCUCACGUGGUUUGCGCCCCGCCCCCGCCGCGCUCCGCGCUUAUAUUUAGCGAAAAUCACCUCUCGGGAACGGCCCGACGGCCGACGCUCUGCGUACGGCGCUGUUUAUGAACGUUACCGAGAUACCACAUGUUAUUGGCUUCGAAUAACGAGAGCCGAUAACGAGAAGACAGAUAACCUCCCGGUGGAGCUGGGGUCCGACGACGUUCUGGAAAUAGAAAAAAAUCAGAAACGAGAGCGCACUGUGAUGCUAACGGCCAAAGUCGGCACGCACCGCUGAGCGUGCGGAUCGUCACAGCUACCGAAAAAUUCCACUGAGCCGCUGUGUAGAGAGGCGGAGAUGUCUCUUCAGGCGGGCGGGAGCUACACCAACCUGUGGUCGUCCCAGACGGCGCUGCAGGAGCUGGAGGGAGGCAUGGCGGAGUUGGAGCCGCUGGGGGAGCUGGCCGAGGUGGGCUUCGAGCCCCAGCCGCGCGCGCGCUCCAACACGUGGCCGCUGCCGCGCCCCGACAACUUUGUCGACCCCGAGGACGCCGGGUCCAAGAAGAACUCCAACACCAACCUUUCCGGUGCCCCUCCCCUCCCCACAGCGGUGGGGAAGAAGAACUCGUCCCGACGCAAUGCCUGGGGCAACCUCUCUUACGCUGAUCUCAUCACCCAGGCCAUCACCUCGGCGCAGGACAACCGACUCACGUUGUCGCAGAUCUACGAGUGGAUGGUCCAGAACGUGCCAUAUUUUAAGGAUAAGGGCGAUAGCAAUUCCUCAGCUGGAUGGAAGAAUUCGAUCCGGCAUAACCUGUCGCUGCACAACCGGUUCAUGCGGGUGCAGAACGAGGGCACGGGCAAGUCGUCCUGGUGGAUGAUCAACCCUGACGCCAAGCCCGGCAAGUCUGUGCGGAGACGGGCGGCGUCCAUGGAGACAUCGAAGUUUGAGAAGCGAAGAGGGAGGGUGAAGAAGAAGGCGGAGGCGUUAAGAAAUGGCGCCACAGCCGACGCGACUCCCAGCCCCAGCAGUUCCAUCUCCGAAAGUCUCGACAUGUUCCCAGAAUCACCCAUGCACAGCAGCAAUUUCCAGCUGUCGCCAGCGAACGCGGAGACGUUCCGACAACGCGCGUCGUCCAACGCGUCGUCUGUCGGCCGCCUGUCGCCGAUCCCGUCGCUCGUCGCCCAGGAGCCGGACUGGGUGGACUACGCGGCGAAUACCGACUACGGGACGGACUACGCGAACACGGAUUUCCAAGAGUACGCUCCGGCGGCCGAGCUGGCGGGGUCGCUGGCUGACUCGAUGAAGUUGCAGGGAGCCGAUCCAUUCCUAAACACGUACGUGCCAACAACGUCAUCGUCAUCGACCGGCUACCGCUACUCGUACUCGUGCCCGCAGCACCUGCACGGCGGCUGCGCGUGCGCGUCGAUGUUCAGCCACCCCGCACAUCCCGCGCAUCCCACGCAUCCACACGCGCUGGACCACUUCGUCAGGCCGCCGCCACCGGCUGAUCCCGCUGAUAUUAUGCAUACAGAAAACAGCCAAUCGCAAAUGGUAACAACGUCGGACGCGGCGUUAAUGAACGGCGGUAUGAUGGUGCAGACGGCCAUGCCUACCACCGUCAUGGGGCAGAUAAUGGGCGCGCUCAACACGGGGCUGGUGGAGGACCUCAACCUCAACAUUGAGUCGCUGGAGCACAGCUUUGACUGUGAUGUUAAUGAGGUGAUAAAACACGAGCUCAGCAUGGACGGCUCGUUGGACUUCAACUUCCCGCAGCAGCAGCAAGCCAUGGCCGCGGAGGCCGACAGCCAGUUCGCGGCGCCCGCGCCGCCCGUGCCCACCACGCUCUCCGGCGGCGGCGCGCCCCGCACGCCCUACUCCGCGACCCCCUCCUGGGUCCACUGAAAACCCCAAAAACGACUACACGGACAGUUACCUACUUAUUGACUACCAGAGGUUGUUAUCUGAGUUAAUUUUCCUAUUAAGUUCAGUUUUUGUUACUUCGGCAUUAAAGUCAAGAUUUUUUGUUCUAUUGUCAUGUUAACUAAUGUUAGAAUUUUAUUGUUUAGUGUAAUAAGUGGACCGUUACCGCUCGUUGUUGAAGUGUCA